AUGCCUAUUGAAAUACCAUUAUUGAUAUCAUCAGCAUUCCCAUUAAUUUGGAAAUCAGGUGUGGCUCAACUUUCCUUUGCAAAAGCUGGUGGAUCGCUAGCUGCAUUAAAAGGAUCAUCCAUUUUAUUAAGUAAAGUUGCAUCGAGUGGAAAAAGUGGGUUACUAGCUUCAACCUCUUCUCAACUAGACAACAUUAAAGAAGCAGCACAAAAACUUGUUGAAGAAAUUGAAAAAAAUGUAAAUUUAAGUUUACUAUUUUAUAAUAUAGAUGAUGAAGAAACUGCCGGAUAUUAUUUAAUGAAAAAAAGAGAAGAAUAUGAAAAAUUAAAUAAUUCCAUGUAUGAGAAUGGGCAAGAAAUUGAAUAA